CAGCAAGCAAGCUGUAAGCGAGAUAAGACAUUUGCAAAGUUAAAGAUAAUUUAAUUAAAGUGCAGGAGAAACCGCCCUUUUUUAUACUCAUUCGUAAUAUUUUCAUAAUAAUUAUUACGCAUAUAUCAGGUUCCAUUUAAUUAUUAAAUGAUUGUACUAUCAUUAAUAUAUUAUUUUUUAUAAAUAACUCAAGUGAUUACAUGGUUAUAAUCAGUUUAUGAAUAAACUACGCUCGUACGCACAGUGAAAUUAUCGUAAAUAAAAAUACUACGAUACAUUAAUAGUAAGGAGGCGUGUAAAACGUAUUUUAAGAUUGUAUUCUAUCUUUAAACUUGACCAAAUUUUAAUUUAAAAGUGAUACACGCUGGUUAUUGCAUCGAUUGAUUGGUGAUUAUCUCAUAAAUAAAGAAUACCCCAUAAAGAGAGUUGCCAUGCAUAAAUUGAGCUUGAUUGUGCUUUAAAAAAUUACUGGGACAAGAGCAAUGAGUGUUUUUGGUGACUUUCAGAGAGUCUGGGUCGAAAGAUUUCCAGACAGCGCACUUCCUGCCGCUUGGGAGGAAGACGUGAGGGCUAAUCUCAUCAAACAUAAACAAAAAGUCGCUACACUGAGAGAAGAGCUUGAAAAAGAAGAAUUUUAUGUAGAAUAUUUAGAGAGGCUGUUAGCGGAUGUUGAACAUCAUAGGAAGCUUGCAGCUAAUUCCAAUUCAAGCUCAGUAAAUGUUUCCCCCUCUUCUAAGAAUGAACAAAGACAAGUUCAAAGGAUUUCAGAGACAAACACUGAAGAAUGUACAAAUUCGCCAACAGCUGAAACAGUUCCUCUUUUACCAGUUAGAAAAGAUAUCAGUAAGUUUCAAGACAAGUGUGUUUCUGAACUGAGUUCUAGUUUAAAUUCUACACGAAGACCUAAAAGUGAAAUUCCAAAGAGUCCUGUAAAAACUUUAGAUGAAAUAAGAAGAAACAGUGAUCCGGAUAUACCUAGUAAUUAUGUGACAGUAAUCGAGGUAACAGGGAGUACAAAAAAAGACAAGAGUCAAGAUAAAGAGAUAAGUGAAGAGACUCAAAAAGAUAAGACGGAAAAAAGAAGUGACGAUGCCGAAGAUGGUGAUGCUGAAGUAUCGGAAGAAGAGCCAUAUUAUGAUUCAGUUGCUUUAGACCAAACAGGAGAAUAUGUUUAUAUUGACGCACGAAUUCCAAUAAUCAAUAACGAUAGAAACAUCAGAAGACCACCAUCUCUGCCUGAUUCACCGGGGAACCGUAGCAAUUAUGUUAAUAUUGAUUAUUUCAUUCAGCAUCGAACAGCUGUUGACAGUGAAGAUGAAGAAGCGGCUAAUUCAGCUCCUCCAAUUCUUUUAAGAGCUCUCAGUACUGAUAACGAAACCGGAAGCAGUGAUGCAGAACCUUUAAGUUUAAGUGAAGGUAGUCUUGAAUCACCAACACCAACAACUCCUCGUAGACAACUUAAAGAUCAUGAAGAUGAUAGAGUUUCAAUGGUCAAGUGUAUCAUAAAUUCAGUGGUAGAAAGUGAAACUGUUUACGUUGAAUGCCUUACAGUAAUGUUACAGUAUAUGAAAGCUAUUCGUGCAACACUGACUACUUCUCAACCUGUUAUUUCCGAAGAAGAGUUUGGUACAAUGUUUUAUAAAAUUCCAGAACUUCAUGCUUUGCAUCAAAAUUUCUUAGACGAACUUAGGGGAAAAUUAGACAAAUGGGAUAGUAAAACGACAAUUGGAGAGCAAUUCAAAGUUAUGGCAAGUAAUAUUAAUCUUUAUGGAGCAUUUUUACAUAAUUAUGCACGAGCUACAGACACUGUGAGAAGAUGCUCAGCUAAUUCAGCUCAGUUUGGAGAAAUAACGAGGGAUAUUAGACUGCGAGGAAUUCCAAAGGGUCCAGGUCUUUCUUUAGAAGAUUUAUUACAUAAGCCAGUAGCUAGAGUUCAAAAAAAUGCUUUGGUGCUUCAUGAUCUUUUGAAACAUACACCUGCAAGCCAUGCAGAUCAUGCUCCUCUAUCAGAAGCUUUAUCAAUGACAAGAAUUUUCCUUGAUGAGUUUAAUAUUAUCCAAACAAAAUCAAUGUUUCCAAGUCACGAUCGAGCGCAAAGAAGACUCGUUAAAAAUUCGUUCAUUGUUGAGCUUACUGACGGCCAUCGAAAGCUGCGACAUUUGUUCUUAUUCAACGACGUAAUUGCUUGUGCUAAAUAUAAAGCAUCUGGAAGAGAUAAAUUUACGUUUGAAUUAAAAUGGUACGUUCCUGUGGCUGAAGCUGUUGUUGUUGAAGAUGGAAUUGAACCAAGAGAAACUAGUCCAGCAAAUGUUGUAGCCUUGAGGUCUCAAGCAUGCACGGUCAGGGAUCAAAUUCUUUGGGAAGAAAGAAACGACGAGAAAAAGAAUAGACUCGGAAGGUGUUCAGAGAAGCAUAGAAAAAAAUUAGCUGAACUUGAAGCUCAACUUGUUUUAGCAUCUCCUAAUCUAUUGUUAAGAGUGUCACAUAAGAAUCAACAUAGAGUGCAAAAUAGUUAUACGUUCUUCCUGUCAAGUGAAUUUGAAAGAUCUCAAUGGAUUGAGGCUGUUGAGGCUCUUCAACAAGGUGGCCAACCUCCAGGGUCUUUCCCACUUUCUAUGUAUGAACUUCAAGCUUGGGUUACAGCUUGUAGAACUUAUUUACAAACAGAUAUGGGAAGUUAUCUACUGAGAUCUGGCAGAGAUGAGAGUUUGCUACUUGGAGACUUACAUCUCACUUUAUUAGGUUUAACGCCACCUGGUUUAGAUCGACCGGGAGAUUUAUACAUCGUCGUUGAAAUUGAUAGUUAUGGACACUAUUUUAAAAGAGCUAAAAGUAGAAUUGUGAGAGGUCAAGCACCUACAUGGGGGGAGACAUUUGUUGUUGAGCUUGAAGGAAGUCAAAAUCUCAGAAUUUUACUUUACGAAGAAUGUGCCGGAAGAUCUGUGUUAAGAGGAAAAUGUACUCAACGUUUGAGUCGUUCUUGGUUGCAGGCAGAUUCCAUUGAAAGGUCUUUGAACGUUGGACCAACCAGUUUAGAUGUAGGAUUCAAAUUUGUACCUUCAGAAGUAACUCUCAGAAGAGUUCCUUCAGCUAAACCUCAAGGACUUUUUGGCGCAAAAAUUCAACAAGUUUGCAAACGAGAAAAACGCGAUGUUCCAUUUAUCAUAACAGCUUGCGUGAGGGAGGUAGAGAGACGUGGAAUGAGCGAAGUGGGACUCUAUCGGGUAUCCGGCUCAGCAUCUGAUGUCACAAAAUUGCGAAAGUCUUUUGAAAGCAAUUCAUACGAAGCUGAACAAUUAUUGAAAGAGGUUGACGUACACUCGGUAACCGGAGUUUUAAAACUCUAUCUUCGUGAAAUGCCUGAAGCUUUAUUCACUGAUGCACUUUAUCCAGCAUUCUUGGAGGCCUUCCAGACCGGUGAGCUAGCGCGUAGCAUGGCACUUCGUAGGGUCUAUGAAAAUUUGCCGUCCGUCAACAAGGCGGUGAUUGAUUUCCUGCUGGCACACUUACGACGGGUCAAUAAACAUGAAACACAAAAUAAAAUGUCCUUGCAUAACUUAGCGACAGUUUUUGGACCAACACUUUUACGUCCUGGUACAAGCAAUUCACGUUCAGAUCCAAAAAGUCGAGAUCCACUUGCAGCUGGUACCGUAGACGUUAUGGCCCAAGCGGGGAUACUCUACUGCUUUUUGCAGAUGAAUAUUGCCCCGCGGGAAAACAAUCAAUCGCUUUAAUCUAGUCCUGAUAAUGAGCAACAAAUAAUCUUUAAUAUCGACACUAUCGAUUUUAUUUUAUUAUAUUAUCUUUUACUAAGUUGUCAGUAAAAUAGCAAAUUUAUUGGAAUGCUUUUAAGAAGUAAUCAAAUUCUGGUGAAUA